AUGCGUUCUCUAACCCGAAUCCUCAGUUAUCAACGUCAGUUUUCCACGUCAUCGCGAAGAUCAAAUUUCGAAAGGAAAACCAUCGAGACUGUUUGUCCCCGAAUUCACAAAUACUUGUUUCCUCACGUCUCCGUCCCAUCCACGUCAUCUGCCACUGAAUAUUCUGGAGCACUACCGGCACUUGUAGCAGAAAAUGUUGUGGAUCAUUUUCGGGUUUUGGCUGAAAAACAGACAUCAAACUAUCGGAAAUUAUUAGAAGAAGCGUGUCGAUUCGAUUUGAAUCGAGCAAAUGAAGUGUUGGAGAAUAUCAAUAAAAAUGAACUAUGGCAGUAUAAAACCGGCUGGACAAUGUAUCCAUUCGACAAUCCUCGGAAUUCGCAACCAAUUGAUUCUCCGAAAGAUUCGAUUAUUUUCUUCGAUAUCGAAUUGGUUGUUCUCGAUGGAACACUUCCAACACUUGCAAUUGCAUUAGGAGAAAAUGCGUGGUAUGGAUGGUGCAGUGAUCGUUUAAUCAACGAAACUGACUAUCCGGAUGUCCCAACAAGUGAACAUUUGAUUCCUAUUGGAGAUAUUGGAAAGGAGAAAAUUGUAAUCGGGCAUAAUGUUGGAUUCGAUCGAGCCAGAUGUCUAGAGGCAUAUCAGAAGGAAAAUGGAUCGAAAAUUCGAUUUAUGGAUACAAUGUCAAUGUCGAUUCCAAUGUUUGGAAUGGCUGAUCAUCAGCAAGCAUUGUUUGGAAUGUAUGAUACAGAUAAUAAUGAAGCGAAUUCCGAUUGGGUGAACACGUGGAAAGACAGAGUGUCGAAAAACUCACUUGUUGCAGUCCACGAACAUUUCUAUCCUUUCAGAAAAUUACAAAAACACCAAGAUGGUGAUGAAUCGAAAGAGAAACAACGAUCAGCUUUCGUCAAAGAACCCAUCGAGAAUAUCCGUCUGAAAUUCCAAAAAUUGAUGACAUACUGUGCACGGGACAAUAUUCUAUGUGCUGAAAUCUACUUUGGAUUGUGGCCAGAAUUUGUAAAACGGUUCCCACACCCGGCGACUCUGUCUGGAAUGCUAAAUAUGGGAAAUGUGUAUCUGCCUAUUAAUAGUUACUGGAAGAUGUUUUAUGAAAAGAAUGUGCAGAUUUGUGCGGAAAAGAAAACAGAAGCGACAAGGAAGAUUGUGGAAGCUGCGAGGUUGAUGGACAGUGGAGAGGAGAAUGAGGAAGGAGAAGUUGGAUUAGCAGAUAAAGAUGUUUGGAUGUGGAAUCAAGAUUGGUCAGUUAACUCAAAAUCGGAAUGUCACGAGUGGCUUAUCAAACUAUUCAAAGCUCGAAAAUUUGUGAAUUUGGGUUUGGAAGAAGUCGAUAGUGAGCACAUUGCUCUGAAAAGCCAAUUGAUUCCAGCAAUUUUCGGAUUCGUUUUCGGCCCGUUUCCUCUUUUUAAAACAAGAACAAAAGGCUGGGGAUUCUUGGUUCCGAAUUGGAAAGCUGUUGAGAAGAUUCUGGAGAAUCCGGAAUGGAAUUCUAUCGAAAUGAGAGUUGAUGCGAAAGCAGACGCAGUGAGAAAGCAGUUUCCUCUUCGAAAUUUCUAUGAAACAGUUCAAAAUAACGUUUAUAUGUUUGGAGAACUUCCGAUUUCACCGGAUAAAAAAGGAUUCGAAAUGGAUGAAGGUGGACUCGUGAGAUUUUAUCAAUUGGAUCAUCCAACUGGAGAAGGAAAUGUUGGAGAUCCAUUGACUAAACAUUUCGCAAAAGAUCUGAAAGAACAAGUGUUGAGACCUACUAGACACGAAGAUUUAUUCAGUGUUGUUCUCGAUUCAAUUCAAACUACUCAGUUCUGGACGAGUUACAGUGAUAGAUAUAGAUCAGAAGUCGCUAUUUGGUAUCCUGAAAAGAAAUGGAAAGUCGGAGAGAAUGAGAUGAUGGAGGGUGCAAUUGCAGCAGCAGUAGUGCCAGCUGGAACUGUUUCUCGGAGAAGUGUACAUAAAUUAUGGGUCACUCUAACAAAUCAAUCAACUGGACAUGUCAUUGGAACUGGAAUUAAAGCAAUGGUUCAAGCGCCAGAAGGAUUUCGAUUAGUUGGAGCUGACGUGGAUUCACAAGAACAAUGGUUGGCGGCGUUGUAUGGAGAUGCGAGCGCAGAGAAGAGAUUACCUCUCGAACUCCGCGUUCCUGGAAAAACGGCCUUUUCGAACAUGAUGCUUGCUGGCUCCAAAUCUGACAACACAGAUCUACAUUCGGUCGUUGCGAAUCAAUUGAAAAUUAGUCGAAAUCAUGCGAAAGUACUGAAUUAUGCUCGAUUGUAUGGUUCUGGAGAGACUCAUGCUGGGAAACACUUGAUGAGAAUUGGUGGAAUGAAACAGACGGAUGCGGAAGCAACGGCUGCACAAUUAUUCAAAUUGACAAAAGGAGAAACUGCGAAAUAUAUGAAAGUGGAUUUGAAAAUGAAUUGUUUUGUGGAUAAAUACAUUGAGGAGACGGCGAAAGAUCCAGAUUCAUCGAAGAUUUUAACGAUUGACGGAGUAUAUUAUAUGCCGAGUUAUUCGAGUCAAUUCUCAUCUGAAACUGUUGAAUUCGAGAAUUGGUUUCUCUCAAAAUACUCGUCACUUCUUAACCUCAAUGAGUCUCAUCAGGAUAAUUUGAUUUAUUCGAUUUAUGAAAAUGCGGAAGAUCAGAGGAAGCUCUUCGUCGGUGGAUACGAAUCUUCGACUUUCAACUUUUUGGAGACUUCUGCAGCAGCUCAUGAUUUGAGAACUCCUAUUUUGGGAUGUCAGAUUGCGGAUUCUUUGGGAAAAUUGCCGGAGGGAACUCCUGAUUCAGCGUAUUUCGAUCGGAGAUAUAAGAGAUCUGUUAUGAAUUGGAUCGUCCAAUCAUCUGCAGUGGACUUCCUCCAUCUCCUACUCAUUUCCAUGCAAUGGUUGUGUGAUAUCUACAAAAUCGAUGCGCGUUUCGUGAUUUCGAUUCACGAUGAAGUUAGAUACAUGUGCAAAGAAAAAGAUGCUCCGAGACUUGCUCUGGCUCUUCAACUUUCCAAUUUAUUAGUCAGAGCAUUUAUUUCACAGAGAGUUGGAAUAUGUCAAUUACCGAAUACCGUUGCCUUCUUCUCUCAAGUUGAUUGCGAUACUGUACUCCGAAAAGAGGUCGAUACGGAGAGUAUCAAUCCCGAUGGAACGAAAAUUGAGAAUGGAGUUGCGUGGACAAUUGAUGAUCUGUUGAAACUUACCGGUGGAAAACUUGAUUGA